AUGAAUGAUGAACUGCAUAUUCCUCAAACUGCGAAUGAUCGAAAGCCAGAAAUUGGAAUGAAAUUUGCAUCAAUAGAUGAUGCAUUUGAAUUCUACAAUCAAUAUGCACGUGAAGCUGGUUUUAGUGCAAGAAUAAGCAAUAGCAAAAAGAAUAAGAUGAAUGAAGUUGUUUGGAAACAAUUUGUAUGCUUUAAAGCUGGUCAAAUUGAUGAAGUCCGCUCAAAAAAUCGAGCGUCGAGUGGUGGCCCGAUCAAGAAAAGAGCUCGUGGUGAAGUUAGAACUGAUUGUAAGGCAAAGAUCUCCAUUGUCAAACAACAAACUGGACCCUAUUGGAGUAUUAGCUUAUUUACUGAAUGUCAUAAUCAUGGACUUUCUACUCCUUUAAAGGUGCAUUUACUCCGAUCACACCGUAGUGUCUCUGCUGCGAAGAGAGUGUUGACACAACAAUUUUCAGAAGCUAAUAUACCGACCUGUCAGCAAAUGCAACUAAUGGAGAUAGAGCAUGGGGGGCCUGAAAGUGUAGGUUGCACUGAAAGAGAUAUCAGGAAUCUUGAGAGAGAUAUGAGGGAUGAACAGAAGGGGAUCAAUGCCGAAACUUUGGUAGAAUUCUUUACAUCUGAAAAGGAGAAAAAUUCAUCAUUUUUCUUUGACUAUGAGACAGAUUCAGAUAAUAGGUUCAAAAGAUGUUUUUGGGCAGAUCAUAAAUCAAGGAGUGCUUAUAAUGUAUUCGGUGAUGUUGUUGUGUUUGAUUCUACCUAUAACACUAAUAAGUACGGAAUGAUUUUUACACCGUUCGUAGGAGUAAAUCAUCACCAUCAAACAAUUAUGUUUGGUUGUGGAUUUCUAAGUGAUGAGAAGACAGAAUCAUAUUUGUGGCUGCUUAAUAAGUUCAUGGAAGCUAUGCCAACAAGGGCACCAAAAGCAAUCAUCACUGAUCAAGAUCCUGCUAUGACGAAAGCACUUGCACAAGUUUUGCCGAAAACAGUACACCGUUAUUGUUUGUGGCACAUAUUGAAUAAAUUUCCGGAAAAGAUUUCAGCAGUGACUUUCAGAGAGCAUUAUCAGAGCAUAAAAAAUGUUAUAAAAAAUUCUACUUCUCCUGAGGAAUUCGAGCAUGGUUGGAAAGAUGUUAUUAGACCUGCUAACUUAAUAGUUGGAUCUUGUUGA